AUGCAGCCUAGCAUCAUUACCAGUGCGCAGCAACGAGCGAAGAACAUGGAGCUUUCUAUCGAGCAGGAGCAGCACCAGAGUUCAGCAAACAACUCUGAUCGCAUCACUUCACCAGAGGAUCAACGGAUUAUAGUUCCCUCCGAAUUCAUAGCAGCAGAAGAAUAUGGCUUCGAGAAGAAAGAACAUUCAUGGCUUGCCAUGUCUCAGAUUCCAACGGAUCUGUCAAUUCAAGUUCAAGAAAUCACCUUCUACGUCCACAAGUAUCCGCUGAUCUCCAAGUGUGGCUACUUCAGCCGAAUACAACUCCAGCCUCAGAAUUCAGAUGAAUGCUGCGACGUCAAACUUGAUAACUUUCCAGGUGGUGCUAAAACAUUUGAAAUCAUAUUGAAAUUUUGCUACGGUCUCCCUAUAAGCUUGAAUGUAAGUAAUGUAGCAGCCCUAAGAUGUGCAUCAGAGUUUCUUGAAAUGACAGAGGCACUGGAAGACGGGAACCUGAUCUCCAAGACCGAAGCAUUCUUUACAUUUGUAGUCCUCUCUUCAUGGGGAGACUCCAUAACUGUGCUCAAAUCAUGUGAAACACUAUCCCCAUGGACAGAGAACCUUCAAAUCGUCCGAAGAUGCUGCGACACAAUAGCUUGGAAGAUUUCUAGAGAAACUUCAACAGGAGGACUAGUAAAUGGGGAAAAGUGGUGGUUCAAUGAUGUGUGCACUCUUCGAAUAGAUUACUUUACGAGGAUUAUAACAGGACUCAAGGCAAAAGGGAUGAAACCCGAAAUUAUAGGUUCCUGUAUUAUCCAAUACGAGGAGUACUGGUUGCCAAGCAUAGAGCCUGAGAAGGAAGCAGCCGGGAGCACUAACCAUGGAAGACGCGAGAUGCAAUGGAAAAUCAUAAGUGGAAGACAGCAGGAAGGGGACAUUGGACCAACAAAGGAGCAACGGUUGAUGGUGGAGACCCUAGUGAGCUUACUACCUCCGGAGAAAGAAGCAGUCACUUGUAAGUUCCUUCUAAAGAUGCUAAAGAUGGCAUUACACUACUCGGCAUCCCCAGCUAUAGUUUCUGAGCUUGAAAAACGAGCUGGUUUGGUGUUAGAAGGGGCAGAUGUGAAUGAUCUUCUUAUACCUAGUUAUGCAGCAGGUGAUCAAGGGAAGCUGGUAGAUUCUACUGAAGAAAAAAGUAUGCACAACACGGAGAUUGUUCAGAGGAUUUUGGAAUAUUUUUUGCUGUAUGAACAGCAGCAGCUGCAGCAGCAGCAUUCUGGACCAUUGGCCAUAAGCAAACUUCUAGACAGCUACCUAGCAGAAAUUGCACGAGAUCCUAAGCUUCCAGUUACCAAGUUUCUGUUUUUAGCUCAGUCCUUGCCUGAAAAUGCUCGGACGAGUGAUGAUGGCCUCUACAGAGCCAUUGACACCUAUCUCAAGACUCACCCAUCACUAACAGAUCACGAGCGGAGGAGGCUAUGCAAAGUCAUGAAAUGUGGGAAGCUUUCACCAGAUGCAUGUGCAGCAUGCAGCACAAAAUGAUAGGUUGCCACUAAGAACCAUGAUUGAGGUAAUUUUACCCAACUUACUUCAGCUACAAUUACAAACACUUUUGCUAAGUAAAUACUGAAGCAUAUGAGAUAUAACAUACAAAACCAUACCACCAGCGUAUAAAAGGUACUGACAUAUUAGGCAUCAUGCAUGACAAGCUGAGGCUUCAAAUGUGAAUACAAAAUCAGAUCAAUGAGUAGGACAAAUAUUAGAUAUUCAACUCUCAUUUUUGGCAGCUAAAAUGAUUGCAGCCAAAAACUAGGGUCUACUACACAUGCAUUUGCACCUCAAUCUUCACAUCCGCAAAAGAAAUCAGAAAAUGAGUGUAUUCCAGCCUUCAAUUAUUAAUUUGCAUGUGUAACAUAUAAAGAGAUGGCACUCAGGUCUUAUUCGCAGAGCAAAUGAAAAUAAGAGCAGCAAUACAAGGAAAUGGUCAGACCGAAACUGCUGACAAAUUAGGAUCUGGAGAGUAAUGCAUCAUCAUCAAACAAAGAAGUCAAAGCCCUCAAAAUAGAACUGGAGAAAGUGAAAGUGCAAAUGGCUGAGCUGCAAAGUGAUCAUUCAGAGUUGCAACAACAAUAUAAAAAGCAGAAAACCAAGAAAAGGAACUCAUCAGCUUGGACAGCUGGGUGGCGGAAAAUCAGAAAGUCUGCUCUUUUCAGUUUAAAAGUUGAAGGGGAAGAAACUGAUGAGAGCCAAAACAGACAAAACCAAAGCCACAGAAGUGGCUUACUCCGCAGGCGCCGGCAAUCAGUAUCAUGAGUUUAUUGAAUAUAUUCUCCCAAUGCCUCCAGAACAACUCAAUACUAGAAGUGGCAAUGCAUUUAUAGCGAACUGGGUUUAGUUAGCUUCACUAGAUAAUGUCAAUUAAUUUUUUUCUGCGACUCAAAUUGUGAUAAAGAAACUAGUUGAAUUCCCUAGGGGAACAAGUAGUUGCAUAGAAAGCUUAGAGUAUGAAUCCCAUGAGUUGUAAAAUACUUAUUAAGUUUUAAAUAGUAAAGCAAGAUACUUUCAGUGUUUUA